AUGUUUUUCUCCUUAGAAUUUGGAAGAAGAUGCCCAAAGUGGAUAACAUGCCAAACAUCACCAUUCAGAAUGUGAUAACCUCUCCACAUGUAAACUACAUCCGCUGGAAAGUACAUGGAGACUGGGUUACUCAGCUGAACUACUGUGAUUCUCUGAAAGCUGUCAUUUCCAGCUCCAACCACGAGCCCACAGCUCUGGUAAUAGGGUGCACAGUGGGAACAACAAAUGUCAAGCAAAAGAUGAAAGAGAUAAGGAACGUUAGGAAAGAUGUCAAGACAAGAAAAGGCCACGCAUCCCUUGCUCUGCCCCCGAGGCGAGCAGAAUAUGAUCAAACAGUUUUUCGUAUCCAUAAAGGAGUGAAGGCAUUCUUCUUCUGCAGGAGAAAGAACUUAUUGCUGACAGGUGGCCUGGAUCAAAUAAUUCGAGUCUGGAAUCCUCAUCUGCCUGGAAAACCAACAGGUCUGCUGAGAAGCCACACGGCUCCGGUGAUCUAUAUCCACUUAUCUUCAGAGGAUAACAAAAUAUUCUCCAUGUCCACGGACAACACAGUCAAGAUCUGGGAUCUGGAGACCCACAGCUGCUUGUUUACAGCCUCCUCCAAAGCCAGCGGCAUUCAGGGGGAGCUGGCAGCCUGCCUCUAUCUCCCGGGUCCCCGAGCUCUGUGCGUGGCCGCCGACACCGUGGCACUCUUACACCUCAGAAUGAGAUCUGCCCCAGAGCCCCACCUGGCACUUUCCCACCAAGAACCCGUUGUGUGUUGCGGGUACAACUCAGCCUUCAGGCAUGUGGUCAGCUGUUCAGAAGCAUCUAUAGUGAAAGUAUGGGACUUUGAAACAGGAAGACAGUUGUCUGAAUUUUGGGGGGCUCACGGCAAUGCUGGGAUUACUUGUCUGACCUUUGACUCCAGCGGAAGAAGGCUAGUGACCGGGGGCAGAGACGGCUGUCUGAAAAUAUGGAGCUACAAUAAUGGACACUGUCUACACACCCUGAAACACGAUGAAAAACAAAGUGAAGUCUGCGAUUGUACCUACAUGGAGGUGAACCAAAAUAAGUGUAUCAUAGCUGUUGGAUGGGACAGAAGAAUAAACGUGUAUUUUGAUGCACCAUGUGACUUUCAUCACUUCUGGAAGCCACAGCCACACUGGCAGGAUGACCUGAACAAUGGGCACAAGGAGGACAUCCUCUGUGUGGCUCAAUGCCCACCUUUUCUUCUGGCCACCUCCAGUUACGAUGGAGAGAUUAUCAUUUGGAAUGUGGUCUCGGGCCAUGUGUACUGCAAGCUGAACACUCCCAGCCCCUCAGAUGGGCCAAACCAUAGGGAAGGCCCAGACCCAAGUGUCUCUCGCCUCGCCUUCCUGAAGACUCGGGCAGCCAGGUUGGACUCAGUGGCUGCUUCCCUCAUUUCCAAUGGGCCAGGAGGUUCUGUCACCUUCUGGAGGCUGUUCGGUGGAGCUGGCCUCAUCGCAAACUUCACUCCUUCCAGAGAGAAAGCCCAGGUCAGCAGCAUUGCAGUGACAACGGAAGAUGCCCUCGCCUACCUGGCUGACCAGCAAGGCUUUGUGCACAUCUGUGACAUCAAGGAGUAUGGCCUGCAGGGACCGGAACUGCAGCCGCCCAAGAAUGUGACCUUCUGGAGGGCUCAUGUCAGCAUGGUGACAUGUUUGGAGCUGAUAGAGGAAGAAAAUAUUCUGCUAUCAUCCUCCCUCGACCACACUGUGCGCCUGUGGAGCAUGGACGGGGCAUACAUAGGGACCUUUGGGCAGAGUAGCCCCUGGGAUAUUUCUACUCCUGCUUCUUGGAGUCAUCCACGAGUGCCCUGUGAAAUUUUGACAGAUCCCCGGAGUACGCCUGCUCACUCCGUGCUGGAAGGAGAUGCUCCUCCUGGGUGCACGGUGGGAAGGGAGGAGCAGGACCAAGUGAUGGAGGAGAAGACUUGUACUGAGCCGGAAAGGACCUCUAACCUUCGUACUCCAGAAGUUUCCAUCCUUGAAGUUGAGAUGAAAGAAGACAUACACUGGUGGUAUGCACUUGACCAUGGCAGGCUGCUGCCAGCACAGAACAAGCCUUACCAGCAAGUGCCAGAGCCUGCAUGGCCCAGCAUUUACCAGACCCUCCGGUGCCACGAGAUUGCCUGCCUGUCAGCUCCUGGGGAGAAGCCAGAUUUGUCUAUUAUUGGCUCGGAAAUGUCUGAGGUCAAUUUUCUAAUGCAGGAAAGAGAAGGAAGUGGAGCUGCCCAGAAGGAGCACGGGUCCGGGGCAAUCUCCUUGUCUGAGCUCUAA